AGCUCUCACUCUCUCCUCCCUCUCUCCUCCCUCCUCCUCCUUCCUCUCCUUUUUCUGCUGCAGCAGUCAAGGCUUCAGUGUGUCAGAGAGAGAGAGAGAGUGAAGAGGAGGAAAAAGCAGAAGAGGACUAUUUGGUUGAGCUGAGUGUUUAUGUUUCUAUGUUUCGCCAUUGGACUGCUGUGUUAAGGGGCACGAGAAGCUGAGAGAGGAGGAAGAGGAGGAGGAGAUGAAGAGGGAAGCUUGUCUGGACUAAAUUCUCCUUGUCAUGUCAGCAUGUGUGAGCCUUGACUGAUCAGAGAGAGGAAAAAGGGCACAAACACUGUUUGGAAGGCAAGAGGUGGAGAAACUGGGACUGGGACUUCACUGAGAUGAAGGAGGAGGUGGCAGAGCAGUUGGAGGCUCCAUUUUAUCAUGACAUUGUUGGAUAAACGAGUCGACGGAGUGAGCGUUCUUCGGUUGUGUGUCAACAGGAAUUUAUGUUAAAAGGUAACGCACAAGGAAGCGAAGAGCGUCUUCAACCCAACUGAGAAGCACUGAGUGUGUGUGCGUGUGUGGAGGGCCGAGAACUGGAAGGUCAGGGGAGUAACCUGGCCAUCAAACGGACUGGAAGCCUCUCCUCUCCAGGGAUCAUGUACCCUCAGGGCAGGCAUCCGGUCCCCUUGCAACCUGGCCAGUCUUUCAAGUUCACAGUCCUGGAAACCCUGGAUCGUAUCAAGGAGGAAUUCCAGUUUCUUCAGGCUCAGUAUCACAGCCUGAAGCUGGAAUGUGAGAAGCUGGCAAGUGAGAAGACAGAAAUGCAGAGGCACUACAUCAUGUACUACGAAAUGUCCUACGGUCUCAACAUUGAGAUGCACAAACAGAGUAAGUCCGUGUCGUCAACAGACAGCCAACCGACCGAGGAGCGCCAAGGCCCAUCAGGAGGAUACUCUUCCAUGCAGGGAGGAGCUGAGGCCAAGAGGAGGCGCUGCGAUGACAAAGAAUCCCUCCCAUCACACUCCUAUGACAGUGAUGGAGACAAGAGCGAAGACAAUCUCGUAGUGGACGUCUCUAAUGAGGAGCCUAACUCUCCUGCGGGCAGCCUGCCUCAUUCUCCUCAUGGGAACGGGCUGGACCGAGCACCUGCCCUGAGAAAGGAGCUCCCUGGCUCCUCGAGUGCCGGAGAGACCCCUUCCACACCAAACCCUUGCAGCCCCACCCCAGGGAAGACCAAGGACCCUGCACAGAUGGAUAAGUCCCAGUCUCCGUUGUCCAAAUCUGGCACCCCGUCCCCGUCCCACCGUGAGGCUCUUACCCCCGGAGCACCAGGAGCUCCUGGAGCUCCAGGCCCCAGCACCUCCUGCCUUCGCCUAGUUAGCAAAGCAGCAUCCAGUGCAGACCCUCUUGCUCUCCGCAGUCCCAUGUCUGUGCCCCCCGGUUCAUACCCGGCUCAUUUUGGCGUGGUGUCCCACGCAGGACUGAACGGGGAGCUGGCCAGCCCGGGAGGAUUCGGAGGGGCGCUCACUCUCUCCCCGCAGAUCAGCGCGGCAGCCGGCGCCUACUCCCGCAGCCCCUUGGUGGCGUACGACUCUCGCUCUCACCUUAGAGCUCCGGGGCUGUCCUCCUCUCUGCCGGGUUCCUCUGGUGGAAAACCCGCCUACUCGUUCCACGUGAGCGCAGACGGUCAGAUGCAGCCGGUGCCGUUUCCCCCCGACGCCCUGCUCGGUCCGGGGAUCCCGCGUCACGCCCGUCAGAUCCACACACUGAGCCACGGAGAGGUGGUAUGCGCCGUCACCAUCAGCACCUCGACGCGCCACGUUUACACCGGAGGCAAGGGCUGCGUCAAGGUGUGGGACAUCAGCCAGCCAGGAAGCAAGAGUCCUAUGGCCCAACUGGACUGUCUGAACAGGGAUAACUACAUCCGCUCCUGCAAGAUCCUCCCUGAUGGACGAACCUUGAUUGUUGGCGGCGAGGCCAGCACACUGUCCAUCUGGGAUUUGGCCACGCCCACUCCUCGCAUCAAGGCAGAGCUAACGUCAUCCGCUCCAGCCUGCUACGCCCUGGCCAUCUCACCUGACAACAAGGUCUGCUUCUCCUGCUGCAGUGAUGGCAACAUCGUCGUCUGGGACCUCCACAACCAGACGCUGGUCCGGCAGUUCCAGGGCCACACAGACGGGGCAAGCUGCAUCGACAUCUCCAACGACGGCACCAAACUGUGGACCGGAGGGCUGGACAACACAGUGCGCUGCUGGGACCUCCGGGAGGGACGACAGCUGCAGCAGCACGACUUCACCUCACAGAUCUUCUCUCUGGGCUACUGUCCGACAGGCGAGUGGCUCACUGUGGGGAUGGAGAGCAGCAACGUGGAAGUCCUGCACGUCUCCAAACCUGACAAGUACCAGCUGCACCUCCACGAGAGUUGCGUCCUCUCACUCAAGUUCGCCUACUGCGGAAAGUGGUUCGUGAGCACAGGAAAAGACAAUCUGCUUAAUGCAUGGAGGACACCAUAUGGAGCGAGUAUCUUCCAGUCCAAGGAGUCGUCGUCUGUGCUGAGCUGUGACGUCUCCCCGGACGACAAGUACAUAGUGACGGGCUCCGGGGACAAGAAGGCCACGGUGUAUGAGGUGGUGUACUGACGGCCAGGAGAAGAAAACAACUAUCUUUUUUUUUUUGUCUUUUAUUUUUCAUUUCUUUUUCGGAGUUUAUACAAAUUGGGCAAUUAGGUUUCCUGUCAACCCUACCUGAUCAGCAGCAACAGCACCUCUGUCCUGACCCACAACACUCAGCUGUCAUAUAAGCUAUUGUAGAUGGUUUUAAACGUCCCCACCCUCCCCCUCCCCUCCUCCUCCUCCCAUUUUUAGCUCCACAAAUGAGGCAUGAUAGCAGGGAGGGAGGCAGAAUAAAAAAACACAAGAUAAGGAAGACAAAGAAAGAGGGCGGUGGAGUGUAAAGAUAAAAUUGGAAAAACGAGCAGCGAGAGACAGAGAGUGGAAGAAAGAGAAAAAGGGUGAGGGGAAGAGGAAGAGGGAGGCAGGGUAAUUAGGGCUGUUUCCUGAUUAAGAGCUCAGUGGAAGGGAGGCCCCCAGAGGAGGCGCAAAGCGGCACUGUGGGAGCGCCAGCCAGGAGCACUGAUAGCACACAAUCGAUUCAUUAGCCAGACAGUGGAGGCCUUAAUGAGGCCGACGCUGAAGCUCCGUCUCCCCAGCGAGAGGUGUCAGGAGCUGGGGAGGGACAGCUCUCUGAGAUGGAAAAGAACCGCGUCAGAUUGCCACAAACAGACAUGAAACCUGCUCCCAUACACAAACUGGUGUCGCCGCAUGUCACCAGGCGAGAGUACCUCGUAACACCCACUAAAGGAAAGCUUAUGAAAGGAGGAAAACACUCAUCGCACUCCUCCUCUCGUUACCCGUUUCAUUUUGUUCUGACAAAGGCGAGGAAGUCGCUGAGAUGCUCUGAUUGCCCGGGGUUAGCUGAAAGUGUUCCCUUUAAUUCCUCCAGAUUGUUCCCCUGACAUGGAGCACCUCACUGUACGGCAGGCUGGAGAGCAAAUCACGCUAUCAACACAAUUAAUACAUUUUUAUUUUUUAUUUUACACAACUAGUUAAAAGUUUUCAUUUCCAAACGUCCUUAUUUACAUCAGCUUGCUUCCUUACUUUCAGCUAAAUUUUCUUUAAUUUUUAUAAAAAUAUCCCACACCAGUUCUUGUCCUGAUUCAAACAAGAUUUUUUUGCACCUUACUCACGUCUGUAAGAGAAAUGUAAAGUUUGCUAACCCCACAAACUGAAAGCACGUUGCGU